GUACGCGUUGACGCCAUUUCCCGGAAGUGAAACUAUCGCAACACGGAAGACUAGGAAAGAAAACAAAUAAUCGUUUAAAAUUUGUGUCGAGUUGGACUCCGGAGAAAACGCCCCGAAACACGUUUUAUCUUCUGGAUUAAAGCCUUUAACAGCGAACCCGGUUGCACGAUGGAGUUCCUGUUUGGAAGGAGAAAGACUCCAGAGGAGAUGCUGAGGCAGAAUCAGAGGGCGCUCAACCGAGCCAUGAGAGAACUGGACAGAGAGAGAAUGAAACUGGAGCAACAGGAGAAGAAAAUCAUUGCUGACAUUAAGAAAAUGGCCAAACAGGGACAAAUGGACGCCGUCAAGAUCAUGGCCAAGGAUUUGGUUCGUACGAGGCGCUACGUCAAAAAGUUCAUCAUGAUGAAAGCAAACAUUCAGGCUGUCAGCCUAAAGAUACAGACACUCAAAUCCAACAACAGCAUGGCACAGGCUAUGAAAGGCGUCACUAAAGCCAUGGCCACCAUGAACAGACAGCUGAAACUGCCUCAGAUUCAGAAGAUCAUGAUGGAGUUUGAACGACAGAGUGAAAUCAUGGACAUGAAAGAGGAGAUGAUGAAUGAUGCCAUCGACGAUGCCAUGGGUGAUGAGGAUGAUGAGGAGGAGAGUGAUGCCAUCGUGUCCCAAGUACUGGACGAGCUGGGUUUGAAUCUGUCCGACGAACUGUCAAAUCUCCCGACCCCUGGAGGAAACCUGUCGGUGGCCGGAGGAAAGAAGGCCGAGCCCCAGGCCGCCCUCGCUGACGCAGAUGCCGAUCUGGAGGAGCGGCUGAACAACCUCCGGAGAGACUGAACACACUGACUGACGGACAGGGUUUGUCAGUACAGAUACAAGCAUAGUCGAAUCUCUAGAUUCCUGUGACGGUGUAACACUGGCUGUUUCAGCAGGCAGUCUGUGUUAUAAAGGUGUAUGGCUUUCUAUUUGAAGUGUUUUCUUUUUAUGCGUGCAUCAUGUAUUUUAUCCAAAAAAUAUUUAAAAAAAAACCCUCACAAGGGUCAUUAUCCUCCAUAGAUCUAGAGAACUCAUGUCUCAUUUAAGACAAAUUCUCUGAGAGUGAAAAUUUAUUUCACAGUCUGUGUAAAUACUAACUCUUCAAGGCAUGAUGUUUUCACAGUUUAAAUUAACACUAAUUACAAAAUGCUUAAGAAAACCCAAAUGAAAGUUGGUCAUAUUACAGCAGUGGAUAUUUUAUAUGGGUAACGUAUACAAAUUCAGCACUUUUUGUACAUCAGACUGGUUUGGUGUUCUUUGUAUUAUCAUCUUCAUAAUAUUGAAUAUGCUGUUUUAGCCCUGAUACAAGCAUUUUGAUUAUGUUCAUUUAUGGUAGUUGACAGAUGUCGGGGUCUGGCUGAAAAUGGUGUACAAGAAGUGUAUUCUCUCAUUUUCUUUUCUGUCUAAAUUCACUAAUGGGACGGUUUAUUUUACAAAAAUAUAUAAAGGAUAAAAGAACGAAAGUAUGUUGAGCUGACUCUUCACCAGUGGAAAGACACUCCCCUGUAACUGCCUGUUAACUCUGUCAGUGGUGUUUUUGAGAUCAGCAGGAUUUUCACCAAAAUGUUAAUAAGGAAUCGGUGAUGUUUAUUUUUGAGAAACUAUCCUGUUUUCUUUCUUUCUUUCUUUUUUUUUAAUUUAGCUUUUUCUUUAUUCAAUAAACAUUUUUUCCAGAUGAA